AUGGACGCCCUCAAGAACGAGCUUCGCACAACAUACGUUGCCUUAAAUGCCACGUUCAGAGAAUACCUUGAAUCACAAGGCUUUGAUAAGGCGAUAAUUGAUCAUUAUGUGCAGUGCUUCUCCGCAAACGUUGGAACCGGCAAACUCCAUCGGGGGUUAGCAACACUAUACAUUGGAAGGCAACUUGCGAAAACUGAAGUAAAUGAAGAACAGUCAAACCAACUCUGCGUCUUAGCAUGGCUUGUCGAGAUGCUAGGAGCGCACUAUCUGAUUCUGGACGACAUAAUGGACGAAUCGACAACCCGUCGUGGUGAACCGUGCUGGUAUCGCCAGCCACACAUCGGCCUCAUGGCCAUCAAUGACGCAUGCAUUCUGAAAUCUGCCAUCUUCUUUUUUCUCAAGAAAUUCCUACGCCAACAUCUCGCUUAUAUCGAUAUAGUCGAGCUCUUCGUUGACCUUGGACUCCAUACUGAACUAGGUCAGCUGUGCGAUCUUGCCGCUGCGAAAGAGGAGGAUAUCGGAAUGUUUACCGAGGAAAAAUACUGGUCGAUAGUCAAAGAAAAGUCUUCAUACAGUAUAUCAGGGCCAAUCAUGCUCGCUUUGGCAUAUUGGCGGCUCGCAACACCGAAGAACUUGGAACAGACUCAUACCUUUGCAGUGGCACUAGGUGAGUAUUUCCAGGUAAACGACGACUAUAUCGAUGUAUACGGGGACUAUGAGAUUACAGGGAAACAUGGGACGGACAUUCAAGACAAAAAAUGCUCGUGGCUCAUUAUUGAGGCGCUGUCUCGGGCAAACGAAGAACAGCGAAAGCGCCUUUUGCAAAACUACGGAAAGAAGGAGCCUUCUCACGUUGAUAUAGUGAAAAAAGUCUUUGAAGAGCUAGAUUUGCCGAAAGCCUUUAGGGAAUAUGAGGAGAAACAAAGGGUCAAGAUUGAAGGGAUAAUUGCGGCCAUGGAUGAAAGCGAAGGUUUGAAGCGUGACAUAUUUCUUAUGCUAUUUCAGGGCUUUAGAAAGGGACGACAAUUUUGA